AUGAGUGAUGAGCUAGAUGUUCAAAAAUAUAAGAGAGGAAACUCUAGGCCUCUUAGGAAUGUUAAAGAUAAGAAAUUGAGGGGUCAACUUAAAUCAUUAGAUGAGAGGUUCAAAGCAGCUGCUAAAUCUGCUGCUGCUACUGACUACCUGUUACUUGAGGAAAAGGGAUACUUGGAAGCAGAAGGCGAUAUUGAAAAAACUUUUAAAGUAUCCCAGAAGGAAAUCAAAGAAAGUGUUGAUGUAUCAACUCAAAAGAAAAGAUUUGACCUUAAUCUGCCGACUUUUGGUCCUUACUGUGCCGAUUAUUCUUUGACUGGUAACUCGCUUGUGUUAGGUGGGCAAAAGGGUCACAUCGCUGCUUUCGAUUGGAAACAGGGAAAAUUAUCCACUGAAUUGAAUGUUAAUGAGACCGUGAGAGCUGUCAAGUGGUUACAGAGUGAUAAUCAGUUUUUUGCUGUUGCACAAAAGAAGUACACGUAUAUUUAUGAUGCUCAAGGGACUGAAGUACACGCUUUAAAAAGACACAUUGAAGCGACCAAACUAGAAUAUCUUCCUUAUCACUUCCUAUUAGCGUCUGCUGGUAACACUGGGUAUAUCAAAUAUCAGGAUGUAUCAACUGGUCAAUUAGUUGCUGAGUUAAAAACUAAGCUGGGCUCGACAUCUACUUUAACUCAGAAUCCAUAUAACGCCGUAUUACACGCUGGCCAUGCUAAUGGCACUGUCACACUAUGGGCACCUAGUAUGCCAGAUCCACUAGUUAAGCUAUUGACAAGCAGGGGUCCUGUUCGCGCGUUGGCUAUAGACCGGAGUGGAACUUACAUGGCAGCUGCUGGGACUGAUAAGUCAUUAAAAAUUUGGGAUGUUCGUACAUUUAAGGAGCUUGAAUCUUAUUACACCCCAACAGCGGCCUCUAGUUUGCAUAUUUCAGAUUCCGGCUUGCUAGCUGUGGGCUGGGGGCCUCAUGUUCAGAUCUGGAAAGAUGUCUUAACCAAGACAGGCCCCAAGCAAUCAGCUCCCUACAUGAACCAUCUUAUUCCUGGUUCUCAAAUUAAUACAGUUAGAUUUUGUCCAUUUGAGGAUGUGUUAGGAUUGGGGCACGCCCAAGGAUUUUCUAGCAUCGUUGUACCUGGUUCUGGUGAGGCUAAUUUUGAUUCGCUUGAGAUCAAUCCUUAUGCCAACGCUACCAGGGUCGGCAGAAGAGAGACAGAGGUGAGAUCCCUUCUCAAUAAAUUACGCCCUGAGAUGAUUGCUCUUGACCCUAACGCUAUCGGCACUGUUGACAAAAGAUCUAAUCAGGAAAGACUUAAGCCUGCUGAGCUAGAAGCUCUGGCUGAGAGACAGCAGGGUGAUCAGGAGAGUAAAUUGCAGCCAAGAAUCAGUACUAAAGGUAAGAAUUCGGCAAUUCGCAAGCAUCUCCGUAAAAAGACACAGAACGUCAUCGAUGAACGUAAGUUGCGUAUCGAAGCGGCUCUUAAACGAGAAAAGCAACUGCGCCAACGCAAACACAAUGAAAGACUUGGCUUGGAAGUUGACAAAGAUGCUGGUGCCGCUUUGUCACGAUUUGGCUAG